UGUCAAAUAACGUUAAACAAAUGGAUUCAGGAAAACUACUGCAAAGAAGAAAACCGGAAAUUCCCACAAUUAAAUCAGCAACAACUGACAGAAAACAACUGGAGGUCAGUGCUAAAAAUAUUGAACUUAUUAAGGUGAUUCGUCUCCUUGAAGACCCUUUGACAGGUAAUUUGAAGGAGAGACACCUCUUAGUAUUGAAGAAAAUAUUGAAGAGAAAUCCAUAUGGUUUUCUCUUAAAGGACCUGAAAGGCUUGGCCAAAGUAUUUGACAUCUGUGCAGAGAAAUCAAAAGAGGAUCCAGUCUAUCUCCCUUUCUUGUGUGAAGCAAUUAAGUUAUGCAGGCUUCCCUUCCUGAAGGAGAGGGCAUCAGAUGAACCUAACUAUGCCCAAGACGUCAUUUAUUUUUUGUCACAAAUCGGUUAUUUGAUGUAUGUGCCUUGUCCAGAUGUCAAGUUGAACAUCAUUGAGUGUGUGAAGUCCUUCUAUCAGUUUGUGACUCUCCGACAGCUGCCCGAUGGACUCCAGCCCACGUCUCCAGGGUAUAGGCUUCAGCUGCUGGAGAAAAGUGACUUGUCCCAAACACUGGUCUUGUCUUUGGCAUCUGUGGACCAUAGACCUGACAUCAAACUACAACUGCUGCAGGCUCUGAAGCUUCUCUCUUGCUCUUCUGACCUGAACUGUGGGCAAAUACUGAAGGCCCGGGGAGCAGAGAGCAUCUGUCUGUUCAUGAGCGAGUCCGAGACCUUUGGCCCAGUCCUGUUUCACUCGACCGAAAUCCUCUGGAACCUUCUGGGGAGCAGGAACAAGCACAGAAGCUUAGCUCAACUCAGCACCAUUGAGUGUCUAGUAUCUCUGAAAGAAGCUUUUCUGCACCAGCUGUUGACAGCUGUUCACCAUUCAGAGCUGAGCCUCAGAAAUGACCUGCUCGUCCUUACAACGUUAAUGGCUGAAAGCAGCAACAGUUUGUUCAUUGAGAGUCUCUUCGCCAAACUACUCAUAUCAUUGUCUACAUACCCAGAAUUAAAAUCUACCAAUCCGUUGAUCAUCAAUUUAAAGAUGAACUACUCACAUGAAGACUUGAAAAUGAAAAAGAUGCUUCUAAAUCUACUGUCCUUGAUGUCUAUGGAUGUGGCUGUUUUGCAGCUUUACAAAGAGGAAAACGUGCUCCUGUCUCUUCUGCUCCUCACCAAACCUCCGCCUGCCUCCCCUCGGAUUCACUCUGUGUCUCAUGGCUGGUCCUCAGUUCAAUCCCAGGAGCUGCAGCUGAAGGCCCUGGAGACUUUGUGCUCUGUCGCCCCCUUCCUGUUAGACGAGUACAUGUCCUACCACGGCAAUGCCUUUGUAAUGCGGGUGAUGGACUGGUGCACUCGGGAAGUCCCUAAUCAGACCCGAGGCUUCAGUGGUCCUAUAGGAGAUUGUAGAAAGACCCUGCUGCACUUUUGCAUCAGGCUCAUCACCACAGUCACUUCACAGGGAGAGGAAAUCGUCAACCAAGACCUGUGCGACCAGGGCGCCAUCAGUGACCUACUGGGCAUUUUGAUGCAGAUAGAAGUGAGCUCUGAUGAGGACGAUGCCGUUUCUUUGGAGAUAAAAUCCAACAUUCAGCUCAUCCUCUCUGCACUCUGUGAGACCGACAUGUACAGGAAGGAGCUGUUUGGGUCUGAAGGAGUUGAAAUGGUCAUUCACUUCCUGAAGAAAGGAUGCAAUCUGUUUUACAGCGGUUUAGGGCACAACAAACUCCUCCUUUCCACUGUCGACUGUGUCUGGUCUUGCAUUGUUGGCUGUUACACAACUGAAGAUUUCUUUUUGGCCAAAGAGGGAGUCUGUUUAUUGCUUGAUCUGCUAUGUUCGAGUCCUAAAUGUGUCCACAGCCUCAUUUUGUCCACAAUCCUGGAGUUAUGUGAAAACCCGAACACAGUGUCCCAUUUAAGGAGCUGGAAGGACAGAAGGGGACAAACCGCCCCUAGAGUCCUACUGCAGACAUGGAGGGAAGAGGAGGCCGAGCUGGGAGUGCAAAGAGAUCAGGAAGGGUGCAUCACAGAUCCCAAAAAGCCACUUUGUCAUAAGCAGCAGGAGGACACCCGAAGCCUGUGUCUCGAUGGAUUAUCCAGUGCUUCGAUUUUGGAGUUAGGAGAGAAUCUGAGGUCCAAAAUUUACCUGAUCUUCUAUGCAGUAGGAUUUCAUGACCUUCCUGGAUUAUCAUUUGAGGACUAUUUGACAUUGUGCAUUGUCAAGCGAUAUCUGGACUUUAAGGUUGGAGAGGUGUGGGACGAGAUCAGUGCAGAGUUGGCUCAUGAGGGCAUCAGAUCCAUAACUCCAGACCGACAAAGUUUAGAAGCCAUCUGUCAAAUAUCAGAGGACAAAGCCAAAAGAGUCAUGGAGAAACAGAGCAGCAUCCAACAGAGACAAGAGAAGGAAAACCUCAGCCAGGAGCAGCUCAUGUACACUGAGAUCAAAUCUCACCAGAAACAACAAGAACUCGUCAAAAAAUCUUGGAAUGAUUAUGUGUCCAAGACGUCCAACUACGAGAUUCUGAAGGAAGUGAAAGCUCAGAGAGAGUUUUCCAAAGCUAAAGUGAUGACUGAAGAGGACGGAAUUCACCCUGUAAAGCACUUUGUAGGCCAGGUGUUGUCUAUGGAGCCCACCGGAGCAGAGGGACCAGAGGGAGUCAAAGUGUCUUUAGCCCGAGUCUCGGUCAAGCCUGUGGAACCAGACCAGGUCCAGACCAGCCAAAACCCGGACCACGAGUACUUCAGACCUGUCUCUGUCAAACACUGAACAGAAUACACACAUAAGAUUAAGUCAAUAUGGGAUGGUGGACAUUUUGAUUGCACCUUUGAGGAGAAGAGACACUGUGGUUUUGAAUGGACAAAGAUCAGGACGUGGACACAAUCAAAGCCUUGUUGUCUGGAGACCAAUGAACAAACUGAGGAGUCUUUAUAACUCAACACGUGUGAUACAGCUAAAUAGAACUAAACCAUCUACAGAAUAACAUUGUAUUCUAUUAAGAUCUAUAUAUAAACAUGCACAUA